GUUGCAGUUCUUUGUAAUCUGAAGCGUUUACGUCAUGUUGAUUCUGGGAAGGGCCUCCUGAUUUUUGCUUCAGAGGCACAUCAGCUGGGUCGUCCGACCUUCCAUAUGACGGAGCAGCAGGUGCUUGAUGGUUUCAUGGAGUUCAAGGAAUCCAUGUAUAUCCCAUAUCCGAAUCAAUCGAGAUCUCGUUGCCCGGCGACUAGAGACCACCGAAAUCCUUCGUAUUGCAAUUCCCUCUCCGUCUCCCUUAAGAAAAUCCAAGCUCCGAUGGGAUCCAUUGUGUCCAGCGUCCUCGGCGGAGAAGCAGCGGCGGCGGAAUCAACCGGUGGCGAGUCGUCUGGACCGUCGCGUGUCCUCACCUUCCACUCGUCUCAACGAUGGCAGCUCCACCACAACUCUUGCAAGCAAUUGAAUAAACUGGUGGUGGUGGAUUUCUCAGCUACAUGGUGUGGGCCGUGCAAGAUGAUGGAACCGUUCUUCAAUGGAUUGUCCGCUAAAUACACUGAUGUUGACUUUGUGAAAAUCGAUGUUGAUGAACUCUCUGAUGUGGCACGCGAGUAUGAAGUUCAGGCCAUGCCAACAUUCGUAUUACUAAAGCAAGGGAAAGUAGUUGAGAGGGUCAUUGGAGCCAAGAAAGAUGAGCUUGAGAAUAAGAUCCUCAAGCACAGGGAAGCUCCUAAAUUUGCUGCCUAAUUUAAUUUGAAGUCUUAUUUUCUUGUAACUUGAAAUAGAUACUGAGUACACAGUAAUGUGAUGCUUGAUGAAUGUGUUGAUAUUGAUACAUUUUCGAGUAGAACCCAUUCAAAGAGUGAUUAUAUAUAUGGGUUCUAGUGAAGGAAUUCUACCAAAGAUUGUUUGUCAUGUCAGGCUCCAUUCGGAUUGGUGUAUUUGCAUUUGGGGAUCAUAAUCUCGAGAACAAAUCCGUAGAAUCUGAUUGCGAUUGAAUAUGAUUAUAUGGUAUUGGCUUUCAUUAACAUCCUCGAGCACCUAUCAUAAGCUAUUUUGUUGGUGGUGUCCUAGUAGAAGGUAUUAUUUAUCUUUAAUAUUAAGGUCCUCUCAAGUCUCAAAUUAUUUCCUCAAAACUGAUGAUCAUUUAAUCCAAAUCAGUUCUUCCAAGUUCAGAACUUUCUGUUGAGUUUUUAUUGCUUACGAAGUGGGUUCAGUCUUGUUCUCUAGAUAGAAAGUUGUUUUCAACACAAUGUGCUGAUUAUGUGGCUAAGACAAAAUUAUCCAACAAAUACUGUAGUUUAGGGAAGUGAUUUUAUUCACUAGGAGCACGUUUGUUAGAAUUGAUUAGAUAAGAUUACCCCCUUUAUCUACCCUAAAAUUGGUGUUUGUUUGCACUGAUUACGGCCCGUACGAUUACGUCUGGCCCGCGACAUUUAAUGCUUAAUCUUGGUUUCAGCAGAUAACUUGUCUUGGGGAGGAUGCCAAGAUUGAGAAUAUCUAUACAGUAUCUUUGUUCGUAAAAGACAUAAAUAUCCCCCAGUUUUUUUUAUUUUGAGACUAUAAUACCCUGUUGGGUUGACGUAAUUAAUUAAAAACUGCCCUUAUUUUAUACCAUACCUUAUCACAGAAUCUCCAUUAUUAGUGUUCUU